CCAAGAACAACCGGAGAGAUUAUUAAAGUCCUCUCAAUUUGGCUUCAAGGCAGAGAUGGAAACUUCUAUAAACUCCACCACCUCAUCGCUCUUCCAAUGGUUAGGUCUUAUAGAAGAUUAUGAUCAGCCUUCUACUUCUACCCUUCCUAGAGUCAUCACCCUUGUCGCUUUAAUUCUUGGGAAGAUGAUCCAAAAGAAUGAAAAGUCACUCCACACAAGACACAACAAGGAGGGAGAGAUCACUAUGUUCCAUGGAUCAAGAACAUCGAUGAACAUUCAUCGCUACACAGAGAGAGUCUAUAGGUACGCUCACUGUAGCCAUGCGUGCUUCGUUGCAGCAUUUGCUUAUAUCCUGAGGUAUCUAGAAAGACCAGUGGAUACAAGCAUGACUUGUCGUCUCACAUCACUCAACGUUCAUCGCCUUCUCAUUACCAGUCUCUUGGUCGCAGCCAAAUUCUUGGACCGCAAGUGUUAUAACAAUGCGUAUUAUGCAAAAAUUGGCGGAGUGAGCACUGAAGAGAUGAAUAGGCUGGAGAAAACGUUCUUGUUCGAUCUUGACUUUAGACUAAAUAUUACAACAGAGAUGUUUGAGAAACAUUGUCUCGUGUUGCAGAGAGAAGCGAUGCCUUAUGAUUCAAGUAAACUUAUAUCAGUUCUUGGAGAGGUGGUAACUUGUAGCUGCCAAGCGAUUUAAUAAAACAAAGUCCAUAAUAUUUGCUUAGAUCUUCUUUUCUUCACCACAUUUUCAAACUAAUUUGUGUAUUUCUCAUGAUUAUAUGAAGAAACAGAUUAAUGAAAAUAAACGAAACAAGAAGUAAACCUCGUUA